AUGAAAGGGCUGUUUGGACUGCUCAUCUUGGUGUGCUUGGAGAGAAGAGCUCUUGCACAGGACUGCAAUGAUAUUGACUGCAAUCCUGGUUGUUUUGUGGCACAAGAACGCGACUUGACACUAGCAAUUUCACAGGAAACUAACGAUGGCACAUGCCUGAAUCUGAUUAACUCAACAGGCAUUACUAGCAGGAGUGUAAACCUAAAAGCCACUGAUACGGCGAUUAAUCGACAUGAUGGGCUCAUCUUAUGUGGAAUAAUGGACUCAACUUGUAAUAUUCCUUCAGAUAUCGUCAGUUAUUCUUGUGAGGAUAAUUCAGUGGUACAAUUGGUAUGCAACCUAGAACGGAUCAGCCCCACAAACUGUGACACGGGUAUUCAAGACCCACCAUUUUUUAGAUUAAAGCUCGUUGUGAGGUGCUGCAUGCGCAGGAACAUGAAAAACUGCUACAGAGAGCAAAACCGCUGUGUAGGAGUUGCAGUAGAUGAUAGCCAAACACUAGCAACAGGAUGGCCACCAAACUGUGAGACACCAAGUGGGACACCAAGUGAGCCACUGAGUGAGACACCAAGUGGGACAGCAGGAGGGACAGAUAAGGAAGGAGAGAGCUCUGCAAGUACAUCCUCUACAGUGACUAUAGUUGCUAGUGUUCUUGGCUGUCUGAUAGUCCUAAUUCUGGCAGCACUGUUGGCACUUCAGCUAAUUCGCAUCUUCCGCAAGAGAAAGUACCAUCAGCAUACCAUUAGUGGAAGAACAGAAAGUAGUGACACUACAUCGCAGAAUACGUACGCACAUGGGCCACCAUUGCCAGGAGAGCCCGCUCCAUAUGAGUGUGCCGUUGUGAAUGGGUCAGGAGCAAAGGAUCUCCCUCUACACCAACAACAGCCAUCUCCCUAUGAAACUGCCACUGUCACCAAUGGAGUUUACUCUCUACUGGAGCCACCAGAUGAGAUACAGAGCAGGGGCCAACCUGGAGGAAACAGGACCGACACCACUGUUGACCAACAUAUUUACGAGGACGCAGACAGAUAUGUCAGCUCUCCUGAGUGUGGCAUUGUCAAUGCUGACUAUGAGGUGUCCCUGAAGAGUGCAAGAGAUCCCAACAAAAGCCCUCCGCCUGCUACUGAUGGUGAUGACUAUGCUGACCCAGAUGAUGCUCUGUUUGAUGAUGAAGAGUACGAAACACGACCAAAGACCAUCAAAUCAGCUGGUGGUGGAAACAAUAAAGCACCAAUAAGCACACAGUAUCAGCCUUCAGAUGAAAAUGACUACUCUGUUCCCAGUGAUGCCAUAUUUGAGGAGACCGAUAACCAAGAAUCAGAUGAUGAAAUCCUCAACCCACUCUACCACGAGCUGGGGAAGAACGUGAAGCAGGUUAAACCCAACAAUGACCCUUCAAGAACUGGAGUGGCCAGUGAAAAAGCAGCCACUGUCGAGUCUACAAUGUAUGAGCCUGCUGUGUCAGCACCUCGUCCAUCUACUGCUCACUCACACAUGGAGCCUGACACUAACACCACCUCACAUGUGGAGACAGAGACGACCUCAUCAGUUCCUGAUAAGGAGCCUCAGAGUUUGAAGCCAGACCCACCACACAGCGACAUACCUUCACCCCUUACAGACAACAAGGAGGACCAUCAUACUGAGAAGGGGCCACCCAACUAGUGACUGAGCAAAAAUACUCUCCAUGAAUACUGACUCUCCAUAACUCCUACAUUAGUGCACAGCUAAACACAGAUUAUUAAUUAACAUACACAUUGUGUGUCACUACUAUACACUGUUAAUAUAAGAUGCCGUCAAGAAAAACAUGAAAGUGAAAA